AUUUCUGUUGUCAAAGAUGAAGAAAACAAACUGAUGAUCUGCAAGAAUUGAGUCUUGUAGUUCAUCCACCUUGAGAUACCCUAUUGUGUAUAGAUUUUAUCUGUAAAGUAUCAUUUGUUAAUUUUGAGAAAACCACUACAUACUGCAGAAUAUUUGCACAAAUGGAUUAUGAAUUUCAUUAGUGCAUUUGAGUAUGACAGUCAACUUGAUCAUCUGGAGUGGAUAUAGCUCAAUUUGACAGACAAACUUGAUCAUUUGGAUGUAGCUCGAAUGCUUCACAUUUUUCUGAUGUCAAAGUGGCAGUCACAGACAAGUAAUCGAUCUCGUACAGUGGGUAAGAGAAGUGAUGGUGGAAGUUCAAGAGUCGAGGAGAAGGUGAAGCAGCAUGUUACUGUCUCACAACUCACUAGAACUCCAGGGCCAGCAAGUCCAUGGAUGGUGUCAAAAGGAAGCAUGAGAACUCACUAGGCACCAGAAUGCUGCUGAAUGCUGGUGAAAGGAAUGCAGUUACCAUAUUGCAUGAAUACCUACAACCCUUAUUCAAGACCACAAACGACAUAUGUUUCUGAAAUGAUUGCAGCAUGCGAAGAUUCUUGCAUCUACCCUGAUUGGCUGAAGAAUGCUGCUGAGGAAAUGUCCCUAAAAUCCAGCAGUUACAACGACCAAGUUUCAAAUAUAUUUACCUACAUGACAGCAAUUCUUGAUCCUCGGAUCAAAGUUGAACUCCUCGCAGAGACUCUUAACUCAGAAAACAAUUUGGAUGAGGCUAGAAGCCAUUUCCUUGGAAAUUAUUCAACCAGUCCUUUUUCAGUGAACAACAUAUAUGGUGCUUCAGAGAAAGAAGGUGGUAGUGCAUCUUUCGCAGAGGAAAUUGCUCGAAAAAAACGGAGGGUGAGCAUGAGUGUUGCAACUGAUGAGCUGACCCAAUAUCUGUCUGUAAAUUAUGAGCUGGUAAGUUACUUUAGAGAAGAGGUAACUGUAACACUGCUAUACUGAUUCACAAGUGAUAAAAGCAACAGCCCAAGCAGCUGACUCUGUUGUAUACUUGGUUCAUGUAAAUAUCAGAAAUGGUAUUGUUAAAGGAUAUGAGUCGUCAUUUGUGACAGAAACUAUUCAUCUAUUUGAGAAAUUGAGAUUCUUUUAUUAAAGUAGAUGCAAGUGAAGAUUAGUAUUAAAGAUAGUGUCCCUUCAUCCAAAUCCAUCUCCAUCUCCAUCUCCAUCUCCAUCGCUGAUUUCUAGGUCCUUGUAUUGAACUAUUGAUGUAGUUGUGUUCCUUUGAGUUGUCCCUUGGAACAUUAUCAAUGAGCCAAAACAUGGAUUUGGGUAUUUGCCCUCCUAUCAAUAUCACUUCUUCCUUUUCUCUUGUGCA